AUGCUGUCUGAUGAAUCAAGCAGUGAUUCAGAGACUGGUAGAUUCAAAACUCAUGAUAAGAGUAAAGAAGAAAGGUCAAAUAACAGUGGUCAAAAAAGAGAUGUAGCAUUUGGUAGGACCUCAGAGAGAAGUAGGAGGUAUGAUGACAAAUUCAAAGAUUUUGAUAGGAGGCCAGACAAUAGAGAAAAAUAUGAGAGUCGUCCUAGAGAUAGAGAUAGGCAUAGGUAUUCAAGAUACUCACCAGUAAGGAGAAGACAUUCUCCAGACAGAAGUAGAAGCAGACGGUCAACUGAUAGAAGAGAUAGAUAUGAGAAGGAUUCAAGAAGAAGAUCAAAACCACGAGAUUUAAGAAGUAACAGUGCUGAUAAAAAUCGAAGUAGUAGAGAUGAUUAUAGACGUUCUAGAUCAAGGUCCCAUAAAUCACCGAUCAAAGGAAGAAGUGGAAGAGAAGAAUUGAAAGCGGAAAUUUCAACGAAAGAAAGUAGUUCAGAAAAAUCUGAGAAAAAGAACAAGAAGGAAAAAUCAUCAACACCCGAGACUGUCAGUCAGAAAUCAGCAGUACAUAAACCAACAGAAACUGAAACACAGAAAAAAAUUAGUACUAGUCCCAUAUUAAUAGAUGAACAAGCCAGUGAUGGUUCUGAUGUAGUCCAACCAGGGUCUUAUUAUAGCAUGAUACCAGCCAUAGUAAAAGAAAAAUCAGAAGAAUCAAGUGAAAUCGAUUCUUCCGAUGACGAAAAGCUUAGAGCGAAAUUGCUAAAUUUAGAAAAGCAGUUGCAAAAAACCAAAAAGAAAAAACAUAAGAAGAAACAUAAAAGAAAAAGUUUGAAAUCUGAUAAAGAGAAAAGUGAUUUAUCAGCAUCUGUUGAAGUGAGUAGUACUACUGACAUUCAAGAGGUUAAACCCAAAGAACUCACACCGGUUAUAGAUAUAGCAGAAGUGACGUCAACUCAAAAGAACAAUCAGAAAGAGAGUAGCGAAGAAGGUGAAAUUAUGAGCGACGACUCUCAGGCUGAGAUCGAUAUAGACCCCACUGAUUUACGUCAUAAAUUGAAACGCUCAAAACAAGACAACAAUAGUAAGACACAAAACCUUGACUUUUGUGGUCCUGCCCUACCACCGCACCUCGAGAAGAACUCUCGAAAAAGUGAGUCUCCGACAAGAGAGGGACCAUCACUACCACCGCAUCUACAAAAAAGAAAUCGUAAUAUUGGUCCAUCCAUACCAGAGGACUUAAGGAAAGUAUUAGCCGAUAAAAGUGAGGAGAUACAAGUUAUAAAGAGUUCUGAUGACGAAGAUGGUAUAGGACCACUACCUGCUGGGGCUGAGAGUAAAUGGUCGGAGGCUCACCAGCGUCUUGAGGAAAGGGCCAUUGAGAUGAAAAUAAAAUCUCUUGAUGGCCACUCCUUACAGAACACGGAUAUCAAAACUCGAGAGCAAUGGAUGCUGGAACUCCCGGAAGGAAAAGCUAAAAUUCUAGGUCUGGAAGCUCGAAGUUUUAGGGCUAAAGAGGGACCAGAUAUGUCUGAUAGGUCGAGUUGGACAGACACUCCAGAAGAUAAAGCAAAAAAAGCAUUAGGAAUUGUUAAAGAAGAUUCAAGCGAGACUCUUCAAAAGGAAGCUAAAUCGCGAUAUAUCUCAAGCAGGGAUGAGGAACAAGAAAAAGCUGUUAAAAAACACAAAAAGAAGCAUAAAAGAGAAGAAAGCUUACUUGACAUUCACCAAAAGAAACUCAAGAAAAAAAAGAAGAAGGAUGAAAAGGACGAUGAAAAGAAAGAACGCCGGCCAUUCAGCCGUGACCUGGACCUGCAAGUGAACAGGUUCGAUGAAGCACAGAAGAAGUCCAUCAUCAAGAAAGCACAAGACCUCAACAACAGAUUCUCAAGCGGUGAAGCCAAGUUCUUGUAA